AAAACUUGAAUAAAUAGCCAAUAAAGAUACUUUAAUGAUGUACAGUAUAUAAAUAUUUAAUUAAAAUAACAUCUAAUUUAAGUAUCUAGAUGUAACUCGACUACAAGUUUAAGGGUCCGUGCUUGUACUAACUGAUGAUUAAUUAACUCAAAAUAAAAAGAGAUUAGACUUGGUCCGUGCUUCCCUUACGUAUUUGAUUUCUUUUGCCAAAUCUCCACCUAGACGUCGUCGUUUGGUCAGCUGCACUCGGCAUCCAAGACAAAGACGGGAACUUUACAACAAGCGAAUCAGCGAAACCUCAGAGGUUGAUAUUAAGAAUGUUGGAGAAGAUCGGAUUACCAUCAAAGCCAUCACUAAGAGGGAACAACUGGGUAGUUGAUGCUUCUCAUUGUCAAGGAUGUUCCUCUCAGUUCACUUUCAUCAAUCGCAAGCAUCAUUGCCGGAGAUGCGGGGGCAUUUUUUGCAGUAGCUGUACCCAACAAAGAAUGGUGUUACGCGGACAAGGUGAUUCACCGGUGCGUAUAUGUGAACCAUGCAAAAGAUUAGAAGAGGCUGCACGUUUUGAAAUGCGACAUGGGCACAAAAAUAGAUCAUCAAAAGGAAGCUCAAGACUUGCAUCUAAGAAUGAGGAUGAAUUUUUAAAUCAACUUCUGGGUAAAGAAAGGACCUCGGAUGUUCUUUCCCAUGAUCAACAGUCAGCAAGCACUGCAUCAGGUUCAAAUGUUCUAGAUUUCUCCGGUAAAGAUGAGGCUGGAGAUGGAAGCAGUAAUCAGACAGAGCAGCCAGCUGAGAUGGGUUCCAUUACUCCUGAAGAAUUACGUCAGCAAGCUAUGGAAGAAAAACAGAAUCAUCGAACUCUAAAAGCUGUGGGUAAACCUGAAGAAGCUCUAAGGGCUUUUAAGAGGGGCAAAGAACUUGAAAGACAGGCUGCUGCUAUGGAGAUUUCUCUGAGGAAAAAUCGUAAAAGAGCACUGUCUUCCAGUAAUGUCACUGAGAACCAGCAAGAUACUGAUGAUGGCAAAGCGUCUGGUAGGAAAAAUAAGCUCUCUCCUCAUCUUACCGAAGAGAAGGAUGAUCUUGCUUCUGAACUCAGAGAACUGGGAUGGUCAGAUAUGGAUCUUCAUGCUGCUGAUAGAAGGCCAGCAACCAUGAGCCUCGAGGGUGAACUUUCUGCACUUCUUGGAGAAGUUUCUGGAAAGACCAAUCCUGGAAAGAAAAUUCAUGGAACUGACAAGUCACUGGUCAUUGCUCAUAAGAAAAAAGCACUCCAGCUGAAGCGGGAAGGGAAACUUGCUGAAGCCAAAGAAGAAUUGAAGAAGGCUAAAAUUCUUGAAAAGCAAAUAGAAGAGCAGGAACUGUUGGGUGAUGAUGAAGAAUCUGAUGAUGAGCUUUCUUCUUUGAUGCGUGGCCUGGAUGCUGAUAAAUUUGACGAUUUAUCUACUGGAUCUAAACCAGAUUCUAGUUACAAUUUUGACAACCUUCUCGGGAUUGAUGAUGAUAUUGGUACGGAUGGUAAGUUUGAAGUAACCAAUGAUGACAUGUAUGACCCAGAAAUAGCAGCUGCCUUGAAGUCAAUGGGUUGGACUGAAGAUGCUGCGGAAUCUGAGCUUUCAGAAAAGCAAUCCCAGCCUGUUGAUAGGGAAGUGUUACGAAGUGACAUUCAGUCACUGAAAAAGGAAGCUCUUAGCCAGAAAAGGGGUGGCAAUACUAAGGAGGCUAUGGAACUGCUAAAGAGGGCAAAAACACUGGAAAGCAAGCUUGGAGAACAACUAAAUAACAGUGAAGAGGAUGCUGGAAAGCACAUUGAAAGGAAGGAUAAAGAGCACAAAGUAGCACCAAAGAGUAAGUCGGUGAUCCAGAGAGAGCUUCUUGGUAUUAAAAAGAAGGCUCUAGCUUUAAGAAGGGAAGGAAGGUUAGAUGAGGCUGAAGAAGAAUUGGAGAAAGGCAAGAUUCUUGAGAAGCAACUUGAAGACAUUGAUAAUCCACCAAAAUUCGUGCAGCCCAUGGCUGGGAAUAAUAAACUGGAUGAAAGUAUUGCAGAUAUUGAUGCUGGAGAUGAAGAGGCAGAGGUUACAGAUCAAGACCUGCACGACCCAACUUAUCUUUCACUGCUUAAUAAUUUGGGCUGGCAGGAUGACGAAAAAGCUAAUGUUCCAUCUGCGUCAUUUCAAGGGAAAAAUAAUGUUUCUCAUCUUAGCGAGUCCCCAACUAAAGAAGCUACGAGUAACAUCCAAGCUCAAGCAUCUAAAAAAAGUAAAGGUGAAAUCCAGAGGGAACUUCUGGGCUUGAAAAGGAAGGCUCUCACAUUGAGACGCCAAGGAGAGACCGAGGAGGCAGAGGAAGUGAUGAAUGCGGCUAAAAUGUUAGAAGAGCAAUUGGCCGAAAAUAACUUGGGCCGGCAGGAUGACGAAAAAGCUAAUGUUCCAUCUGCGUCAUUUCAAGGGAAAAAUAAUGUUUCUCAUUUUAACGAGUCCCCAACUAAAGAAGCUAUGAGUAACAUCCAAGCUCAAGCAUCUAAAAAAAGUAAAGGUGAAAUCCAGAGGGAACUUCUGGGCUUGAAAAGGAAGGCUCUCACAUUGAGACGUCAAGGAGAGACCGAGGAGGCAGAGGAAGUGAUGAAUGCAGCUAAAAUGUUAGAAGAGCAAUUGGCCGAAAUUGAAGAAUCUAUGUCUAACAGAGUUCCAACUGAGUCAAAUGAGCAGAAAGAACGUAAAUCUAUUGAUUCUCCCCUUGAGAACCCACAGUUUCCUCCAUCUGAUUCAAGGAAGGCUCCAAUUGAGAACAUGGAAAGCAAAGUUACUCGUACUCCGGAGAAACCAGAAGAGGUCGCUCAAUCAGAUGAGAAAUCAUGCAUCUGUGAGUCAAAAAAUGCCCAGGAAGCUAAUUCUCAGCUUGAUCAAAAUUCCCUUCGUCAAGAUAUAUUGGCUCACAAGAGGAAGGCAGUUGCUUUGAAGCGAGAAGGGAAAGUGGCGGAAGCCAAGGAGGAACUUCGACAGGCAAAACUUUUAGAGAAGCGCCUUGAGGAGGAAAAGACUCUAGGUACUAGUAGUUCCACAGUCUCGGCAGGUCCUAAUAUCUCGCAUGUUGGAGAAAAGGAAGUUAGUCCAAACAAAGUUCCUAAUAUAUCUCAAGUGGGACAGAAAGAAGUAAGUCCAAGCUCUGGGCCAAAGCCAUUGUCUGGACGUGAACGGUUUAAAUUGCAGCAGGAGUCUCUCAGCCACAAACGUCAAGCACUUAAGUUGCGAAGGGAAGGUAGGACUGAAGAAGCCGAUGCUGAAUUUGAAUUGGCAAAAGCUAUUGAAGGCCAGUUGGAAGAAGCGUCUUCACAGGAUGCAAUGAAGUCUUCUGAUCCCACAGCUGAAUCAGCAGAGGAUGUCAGUGUUGCGGAUUUUCUUGAUCCUCAGCUUUUCUCUGCUUUAAAAGCUAUUGGAAUUGCAGAUACCGCUAUUGUAUCCCAUGGCCCUGAAAGGCAAGAAACAAAAAAAACUAUAACUGGCAAUACUGAUAAAACUGGCACAAUUGCCUCUCAAAUCCUUGAAAGACCAGAGCCAAAACUAUCUGAAACACGUGUAUCUGAAGAAUCUUCCAAUGAGAGAAAACUUUUGGAAGAGCAGGUAAAGGCAGAGAAACUAAAGGCGUUAAACUUGAAGCGUUCUGGAAAGCAGGCAGAGGCCUUGGAUGCCCUUCGACGGGCUAAGAUGUUUGAGAAGAAGUUGAGCGCUUUAUGAAGCUGGAAUAGAUUUUGUGUUUGGACGGCUUUUCCACAUGGUAUAAACCAACGAUAGCAUGACAGGAGUUGGGAUGAUGGACUAGGUACUUGCCUCAUGUAUGCUGGCUAUAUGUCAUUCCCAUUGAUGAGCUCAACGAGUGAAUGAUCUGAACACUGGAAACAUUAUAAAAAACCAUUUGCUUGCCUGAUGAUGUGUUUUGAAAUUUGACAUGUAUAAUCGUUUUUUCUAAACAUCUAUUUUCUUGAGAAUGAGAUUAUAAUACGUUAUCCCCAAUGUAGAAUUGGUAAUCGUUUUUUCUAAACAUCUAUUUUCUUGAGAAUGAGAUUAUAAUACGUUAUCCCCAAUGUAGAAUUGGCUGGGGAUGCUUGUAUUCUACUUGAUUGUUCUAAUAGUUUUUCAUCUUCCAUUAUUAUGUAAUGUUGGACAUUCGAGACAAUGUCGGUAAGUAUUUCUUGCAAUACAAGUUUAUUUACUUCCA